AAGUAUGAUGAUUUGAAAAUGGUUUUUGAUGAUACAGUUGUCUUUUUUGGUCUUUAUUUAUCAUGCAAUACUGCAAGAUUUUAAAAAAAAAUCAAACUAUCAUCGCUAUUAGUGUGCAGAACUAAUCCGGCUUUUAGUGUGACCCAAUCUGACUGACACUGAAGCACCCGGCCCGGUUUCGUAACGCAAAGCCCAAGGAUGUCGGAGAAAUCGAACAAAAUGCCCGCUGUGGGCAUACCGAAAUACAUGAAGUUUACAAUCGGUGGGCUAGCUGGGAUGGGUGCCACAGUGUUUGUCCAGCCUCUGGACUUGGUUAAGAAUAGGAUGCAGCUUAGUGGUGAGGGAGGACAAAGUCGACAGUAUAAAUCCAGUGGUCACGCAUUAAUCACGGUACUGAGAAAUGAGGGCAUUACUGGUAUCUACACUGGACUUUCAGCUGGUCUCUUGCGGCAGGCAACAUACACCACAACAAGAAUGGGAAUAUACUCGUCACUCUUCGAAAAAUUUAGUGUAAAUGGUAAACCUCCAAGCUUUAUAAAAAAGGUAUUGAUAGGCGUGUUUGCAGGAGGUGUGGGUGCUUUUGUAGGAACUCCUGCAGAGUUGGCCCUCAUUAGAAUGACAGCAGAUGGACGUCUUCCUGUUGAACAGAGGAGAGGAUACAAAAAUGUGUUUGAUGCGCUCAGGAGAGUGUGGUUAGAGGAGGGAUUUAGAUCUCUCUUCAGGGGAAGUGGUCCCACAAUUGGCAGAGCAAUGGUAGUGAAUGCAUCCCAGCUAUCCUCUUAUUCACAAGUCAAACAGUUUUUCUUGGAUAAAAAAUUUAAAGAUGGACUGUUGUUACAUUUUGUCAGCAGCAUGAUCAGUGGUUUCAUAACAACAUUGUUUUCAAUGCCUGUGGAUAUUGUCAAAACAAGAAUACAGAAUAUGAAAACCACCGAAGGAAAACAAGAGUACAAGGGAGCAACCGAUGUAUUUCUAAGGACAGUAAAGAAGGAGGGGUUUUUCAGUUUAUGGAAGGGAUUCUUGCCAUACUAUUUCCGCCUGGGACCUCACACAGUUCUGACUUUUAUUUUCAUUGAACAGAUGAAUAAGAUGUACGCAACAGUUGUUCUCAAGGAUCCUUCUGCAGCAAGAGGUUUAUAACUCCAGUAGAGAUUGUAGAGUUUGUUAUAGAAAACAAAGUUAAGAGCAGCUGAAGACAGUUUAUCCCUGCUGUAAUGAACAUUUUAUGUAAAGGAUAUAAGACAAAAACUGUUCAUUCUGUGAGAGAGACAACUGAUCAAGGUCCUUAGGAAGAUUCUUUCUCUCACAGAAUGGACAUUUUGAGGCUUAUUUCUAACUUAAAACAUGAUCUCCACUGUGUUAAGAAUGGACAGUGCCAGGUAAAAUUGUCAACAAUGAUGAUGUGUCCUCUAAGACAUUGUCUUCAUAAUCUACUCUCCUAAGUUAUUUUUAAAUACCCUAAGAAUAAAAACCAGUGCAGCUGUUUUCUUUUGUUCACAAUGAAUAACUUUAUGAGGUGUUAUUGGUCCUAUUCCUCAGUCCUAUGAUGUACGGUAAAGUGAUAUUUCAAGUCAUAAUAGUUGCAGUAUAGACAACGAUGGCAUUUCAAAUUUUGAGGGCAGCUUUUUCUCCUAUAUUUAGAAAUGCAUAAUUAAUGUUUUAAUUAAGACUGUGAAGCUGAAAAUUAGUUUGAAGAUAUCAGGUAUAUACUUUUGCAAACAAUUGUUCUAGAAUCUACAAUUUUGUAACAACAUAUGCUGAAAUUAGAAGUAUUUUCUGGUGUUGAACAGAAUCUGUAAGUUUCAUUGUAGAAGUAUUUUCUGGUGUUGAACGGAACAGAAUCUGUAAGUUUCAUUGUAGACGACCUCUUUUGUUGAUGUAUCUGUGAUAAUGUUUCAAAUAAAGUAUCCACAGAAUUG